UCGUACAGCACGGGGAUUAUAACGACCAAGAUCUACAAAUCAAGAGCUUAAAAAUAACCAAAUGAGUUCUUAUUUUCUAAACUCGUUCGCAGGGCGCUAUCCAAAUGGCUCCGACUAUCAGUUGCUAAAUUAUGGGACUAACGGCGCUAUGAACGCUUCGUACAGGGACACCGCAACCAUGCAUUCAGGCUCCUUCGGUUAUAACUACAAUGGAAUGGACCUAAGUGUAAAUCGCUCAAACGGCAAUGGGCACUUCGGGGCUGCUGGAGAUAAUUCCCGUAGUUUCCAGAACGCGGGCCCGGAUACCCGGUACAGACCACCGAGCUGCUCGCUCGCUUCUCCAGAUCCCCUGCCUUGUGCCAACAACGAGACCCUGGAUCUGAAGGGAUCCUCUACCCCAUCCGACCAGAGCACAGUCACAGGCAACAACCUAAAAAACAGCAGCAGUCUUACCAACAACAGUAGCACACAGUUUGCUGAAAUAGAAGACACCAGCGUGUCCUCCGAACCCGAGGAAAGCGCACACGCUGCCAACCCCACUCCACGGACGCAGAAACAAGAAUCUAUCGCCUCAUCAACUACAACACCCAGCGAUGGGCAAACGCCUCAAAUAUUCCCUUGGAUGAGGAAACUGCACAUUAGCCAUGAUAUGACUGGACCGGAUGGGAAACGGGCCCGAACCGCGUACACCCGCUACCAGACCCUUGAGCUGGAGAAAGAGUUCCAUUUCAAUAGGUAUCUAACCCGGAGGAGGAGGAUAGAGAUAGCCCACGCGCUGUGCCUCUCGGAGAGGCAAAUUAAGAUUUGGUUCCAGAAUCGCAGGAUGAAAUGGAAGAAGGACAACAAACUGAAAAGCAUGAGUCUUGCUACUGCCGGUAGCGCUUUCCAGAAUUGACAGUCGUAUCGUGGAGUUAAAAUCCCCUGUGAUACUGCAGACUGCCCUGCACUCAUCGGCAUGUUGUGAUCAUUAGACGACAUACAAAUUUCAUGUGGUCCUGAUGAUGCACACAUAGUGUUGUCGUUAAGUAUUCUCAUCAUAGCUCUUAUGAUUUAAAAAUGAAGCCACAAUAGCAUAAAUAUUGUCAUAUAUAGUGCAAAUGUCAUGUGCCAGAUUUAUACUUUCGUGCAGUAAGCAUGUCCUAUGUGAGACCUUAAUUGUGUGUAACGUAUUCACAGUUUAUCAGUUGUACAGUGUACAGUCUUACAUCUCAUACUACUUGGCCGCUAAAGAAAUGAAUGAAAAUAAUAAGAUAACUUCUAUGAGCCGCCGCAAAAGCUUACGUAGAAACUGCAGUAUGAUACAGUCUCGAUGUUUCUGUGAUGUUCAAUGCUUAUAUGAGCAUAUCAUUCAUUUCCUCAGUCAGAAAACACAGUAUAGGUACAAGAUAUCUUCCCAUCAAAUACAUUUGUGUAGUAAAUAUUUUGCAAUGCAGUAAUGACCUUGGCCAAAUGUUUCCAUUAAGGAAUUAAAUGUGUUUCAAAGUUUUAUUGUGACCAAUAUGUUAUUUGUAGGCCUAUAGUGCGCAAAGUGAAUGGUGAAUGUUUUGUGAUGACAAAAGUCAUGUUUAAAAGUCUUUUUGGC